AUGCCGAAGCGCAAAUUAGGCGAGCUGAACGGCUCCGCGCGGUUAGACGAGGGCAAAGCGCGCAAGAUGUCGAUGAGAGCGAUCCGACUGACCAGCAAGUUCGAGCAAGGCGUACAAAUCAUCUCGAAGGGCCUGAAGACCGCGCGGGGUUUCGAGCGACAAAAACUCAGCCGCCGAGAGAAGACCGCAAGAAGCGACAACAACAGACUGGCACUGAUCAAGCUGGGAGAAGAGAUUGAGGCGUUGAAGGGGCUUGACUACCACAUUACCGCCGAGCGAUACCUCUACAAACAACUGUUCAAGACCAAGCGGAUUGCGGAGUUGCCGACAUUUCAGGAAUUUCAAGAGGCUAAGAAUGUCUCCACCGAGGGACCCAAGAGCACUGCCGAGGCAAAUAUCCUUGCGCGAUUGUUCAAGUCGAAUCCGGUGCAGAAUGUGAUGCCUGGGUUGCUGGCCGAUAUUCGGAAAUUGUUGGGAGUGGACAACGCGCCUGCUGGGAACGCUGCGAAGAAGGACAAUGCCAAGAAGGAAGCGCCUAAGAAGGAGAAGGCGUCUCGGGUCGAGGAAUCUGAAUCCGAGUCUGAAUAUCAAGUGCCGCAGAAAAGGGCCGAGAAGAUGGCCUCGAAGCAUGCCGAGCAGGACUCGGAGUUUGAGGAAGAUGUCAAUGGACCCGAAGGCGAAGUAUUCGAUAGCGAUGAGUUGGCUCAGUUCGAUUCACGACUGGCCCCAGGUUCUGGUGACGAAGAAGAGUCCGAUUCUGGAGACGAUGAGAAGAGUGAGGGCCUUGGACGUGACGAUAUUUCCGAUUCUGUUUCUCGCUCGCCCUCUCCCGACUUCUCAGCCGAGGAGUCACCACCACCCAAGAAGGUCAAGGCAAACAAAGUUGCUCCUGGCCCGGUCAAGGAUACAACUUUCCUGCCAUCUCUAAUGAUGGGCGGCUACUGGUCUGGCUCGGAAGAAGCAAGUGAUGACGAGGCGGCAGGCCCACCGAAGCGCAAGAACCGCAUGGGUCAACAGGCUCGUCGCGCUCUUUGGGAAAAGAAGUACGGCGCCGGCGCAAACCACAUCAAGAAGGAGCAAAAGGAGCAGAAGCGGAAUCGUGAUAGUGGAUGGGACAUGAAGCGUGGAGCAACGGGCGGUGGCCGCGGAGGCCGUGGUGGACGAGGCGGAUUCGGUGGACGAUCUGAAGACCGUGGUGGACAUCACUCUGGACAUGGAGGUGGCCAAGGCGGCAAGCCUCCUGGCCCGCCGAAGGAUGAGGGUCCUUUGCAUCCUUCAUGGGAGGCGAAGCGGAAGCAAAAGGAGCAGACUACGGCCGCCUUCCAGGGAAAGAAGGUUGUCUUCGAUUAA